AGAGGUAGCCUCUGCACUCCAAAGAGAUGCCUGGGAGAAACUGGAACAAAGGACAGUGACUACCGGGGUGUGUGAGUGAUUGCUGGACCCAGACUAGAAGGAGGCUAGUCUGUAAAAGAAGCUUACUGGAACAUCUCUGAGGCGAGCGGCAGGAUGGGCCCCCCCGAGGAUGCUGCAGAGACAGAGCUGGGCGCUGGUCCUGGGUAUGAGCAUCAGCUUCAGCAUCUCUGAGCUGUGGAGCCUUCAGAGCCCCAAGGCCCUGGUGAUGGGGGCAGAGCGGUGCCCGGAGUUGGUGCAGAACUGUAGCACAGGGACCCUCCCCCCCAGGCCGGACCAGGACUGGAUCUUGAGGCAGUUGAAGCUACAGGGCUACCCCUGGACGUAUAACGCCAGCGCCCUGGGCCAGUACAGGGAACAGCUGGGAGCCUGCUGUAACGCUUCAGCUGACCUGGUGCUGACCCAGAACAACACCCAGAACGGCUCCCAGAUCGUCUACGACGGAGAGCCGGACAAGAAGUAUCUGGUGGAUGAGAAGCUGUGGGAGAUGCUGCCGCAGGUCUCCCCAUUUCAGGAUGCCCCAUACAACACCUGCGCCGUGGUGGGAGGAGGGGGGAUCCUUCAAAACAGCAGCUGUGGCCCCGAGAUCGACCGCGCCCAGUUCGUCAUCAGGAUCAACCCCCCAUGGGGCUCCCCCCCCAUGAACUUUAUUGACGACGUGGGCAACAAAUCGAACAUCGUCACCAUGAACCCCAGCGUCCUGCGCGACCGGUUCGGGGGUCUGAGAAACCAGCACCAGAACUUUACAGAGGUGGUGGGUGCCUACGGGGCCCCGCUGCUCCUCAUCCCAGCCUUCAGCUUCGCCGGCAACAGUAAUAUCUCGUUCCAAGCACUCUACAUCCUGAAGAACUUCAGCUCUCCAGUCCGCACCUUCUUCAUGAACCCCGAGUACCUGGCAGGGCUGGACAGGCACUGGCGUUGCCGUGGCCUGUGUGCCAAACGCCUUUCCUCAGGCUUCAUGCUGUUGAAUGCCGCCCUGGAGCUGUGCCAGCACCUCACCCUCUACGGCUUCUGGCCCUUCUCCACUGACCCCGAGGGGCGGCUCCUGCCCGAGCACUACUAUGACAACCAGCCCCCCAAGCCGGGCAUUCACGCCAUGUCCGAUGAGUUCACCCGCUACCUGGGCAUGCACCUGCAGGGCGCGCUGCGGCUGCAUCUGGGGCGCUGCCAGGAGGGCCCGGCCGGCGGCCGCGCACAACAAGGCUCGGAGGGGGGGGCUCUGAAAUGAGCUCCCCGGCGCCUCAAUUCCACCUGACUCCCUCCCCAGGUACCAAAGGAGGAAAAUAGCCAGUGGCAUCAAUUCAUUUGGCAUUCGUUAAUUGCCAUUCAUUAAUUGGCUUCUUUUCAGUGCUAUUUGAUUACCAAAGUUCAUUAAUGGCAAGGUGUUCGUUGGCCUCCUUUAAUUACUAUUUAAUUAUCACAGUUCCUUCAUUAUGAGUUGUCGGCUGGCCUAUUCAUAGCUCUUUAAUUAUUGCAGUUUACUAACUGUAAUUAAUAAGUCAGCACCUCUUAAUUGUGAUUUAAUUAUCCCAGUUCGUUAGUCAAUCAUCCUUCAUUGCCAUCUGUUGGUGGCUAGUGAGUCCUGGCCGACAGUUACUUGUAAUGAGUCAUUCACCAGCUGUUUGUCACUAAUAAAGGCUCUUUGGUGAUUGCUCUUCAUUGGGGUGUGAGGGGUCGUCACCCCCGGGGUGCAGUCUGCGCCCCCUAACACUCCCACUGCUUUGCUGGUAACUCAGCCAGCCCCCGUUAUCACCCAACGCGACAGCAGGUGGCGCCGCACACCCAACUCAGCUACCUGAGUGCUUUACCGAAGCCACUCGUACAUCAACUAUAUAAACACCAGCCAAUUCCCCAGCUCCCCAGCCUUGCCCCCCACGGGAGUACAGACCCUGAAUUCUACCGUCUUGCACUGCCCAGGAGUCUGUCCGGGGCAAGCUCGUUAAUCCAUCGAUGCGGGGAUGGUCUGCGCCAGCCUUGACUGGCUGAGCUGUGAUUUCCCCACUCAGAAACGCACGGGUUGGGAUAAAACAUAAAACAAGUUUAUUAAACUACAGAGAGCGUAACUCAUAGAAUUAUUUUGUUAGCCAUUAUAGCCUACUAAUCCAGCCAGCCAUAUCAAAGAAUGUGUUUCUUUUUCUGAAUUCAUCCAUUUCAUUCUUAUAUUUUAUCAGUAUUAAUUCCUUGGACUUUAGGAUGCAUUGAGGCAUAAGAUAUGUUUCCUAAUAGUUACACAUAGAAUAAGUUUUGCUGAAAUGCAAGAAGCCUACCGGCCUGUAAGAUCCGGUAAGAUCAGCUCUGUAGCUAAAAGUAUAAUCAGUUAAGAGUAGGUCAGCAGAAAAGCUGGCAACCUUUGGCACAGGUAAGAAUGGUCCCUGGACUUUGGGGGACCAAAGGGAGGACCCACACACAACACUGAACAACUUUAUCCGGCAUCUGCAACCGGUUGGUAACCGCAGGGUCCACCACAAACCUGGGAGUCGCAAAGAGAGCCUAGGUUGGCAGUUUUGGAGAGAGAUCAUCCUUAUUAAUAUCCAUAGAAAGUAAGUGUGAUAAUCCACUAACCUAGAGGAGAAGGGUCCCCGUACAGUUCUUAGGAUACGGAAAUAAGAUUUGGGUAUAGUAGGUUGAGCCUGAGUUACAUAGCGUCAGGAUCCUAUAAAAUACCUGGUAAGGAAGAGUCAGGAGGCUCUUCUAGCACCAGAAGCUUUGGUUUCUUGGAGUGUUUUUUCCAAGAACUCUUUCUUGUCUUUGUUCUCCUCUAUUCUACAGCAUUUAUAAAUUUCAUAGCAUUUAUUCUUCUUCUGUUAAUCUCAAUAAAGUUUUUAUCACUUU